UCAGCAGGGCAGUGUAGAGAGGUCAGCAGGGCAGUGUACAAGGGUCAGCAGGGCAGUUUACAGGGGUCAGCAGGGCAGUGUAGAAAGGUCACCAGGGCAGUGUACAAGGGUCAGCAGGGCAGAGUACAGGGGUCAGUAGGGCAGUGUACAGGGGUCAGCCGGGCUGUGCAGAGAGGUCAGCAGGGAAGUGUACAGGGGUCAGCAGGGCAGUGUACAGGGGUCAGUAGGGCAGUGUACAGGGGUCAGCAGGGCAGUGUAGAGAGGUCAGCAGGGCAGUGUACAGGGGUCAGCAGGGCUGUGUAGAGAGGUCAGUAGGGCAGUGUACAGGGGUCAG